GCAGCCCCGGGCUACCAGGGCCGGGAGGGGGCGGUCCCGGGGCGGUGCCGGUGUUCGGCUCGUAGCAGACAGCUGCGGAGCGGUGCGGAGAGGUGCUGGGCUUCAACCCAUCGGAGCUGGAGAACAUGGAGCAGAGCUUCAACGAGAGGGAGGCGAUCGGGUGGAUGCAGGAGAACUGGCGUAAGUCCUUCAUUUUUUCUGUAGCUUAUGUGGUUCUGAUCUUUGGAAUCCAAUAUUUAAUGAAGGAUAGGAGAGGCUACAAGCUGCGCACACCACUGGCCCUCUGGUCCCUGGGGCUGGCCUUGUUCAGUGCCAUCGGGGCCUAUCGCACCUGGAAGCACAUGAUCUCCAUUCUGACUACUAUGGGAUUUAAACAGUCAGUGUGCAAUCAAGUCUUUUAUGUCGACCCCGUCUGCAAGUUUUGGGUCUAUUUAUUUGCACUGAGCAAAGUGCUGGAACUGGGUGACACUGUGUUCAUUAUUCUUAGGAAACAGAAGCUCAUCUUCUUACACUGGUACCAUCACAUUCUCACACUCAUCUAUACCUGGUACUGCUACAAGGAGAUGAUGUCUGGUGGCGGCUGGUUCAUCACCCUAAACCUCACUAUCCACACGAUCAUGUACUCCUACUACACUGUGCGAGCAGCAGGCUUUCGGUUAUCCCGCUGGAUUGCCAUGGCAAUCACCGUUUCACAGAUUCUGCAGAUGGCCAUAGGUGUAACAUUGUGUAUCUUGCUCAUCUGGUGGAGGAAGGAUGAGGAUUGCCUUUGCACUUGGCCUGACAUUUCCUUUUCAUUCCUGAUGUACCUCAGUUAUUUGGUGCUCUUCUGUAACUUCUUCUCCAAGUCUUACCUGGUGAACACUCAGAAACUGAAGGGAGAAUAAAACUGGGGAGGGAGGGAGGAGAAAACUGGGAGGGAGGGAGGUGAGAGUAAGGGGAAUUUUUCAUUUCUGUGUGGAGCUCAGGCACCAGAUAGGAUGCGGGGUGAUGAGGGUCCCUGUGGAUGAAAGCCUUCUGGUUAACUCAUGCACUGGCCUUUGGCAUGUCUCCCUCCCACUGGGGACUUGCCAGAAUGAGCACAUGAGUUGCCAUGUGCAAUGCAAGGAGGAGGGGGGCAGUCAGAGCUGGGGACUCCUUUGGUCCAGCUCCUGGCCUAUAUGAUGCUGCCUAGUUUUGGGCUCAUUCUGUCAAAGUAGAGAGGGAAGGAAUCAUGCUCUAGCUCAUCUGCUGUCCUUCUUGGCUCUGCUGGUGAUGAAGCCCCUCCCCACCCCCACCCCCCUCCCCACUGAUACAAGGAAAGCAGUGAGUGGCUGCAAUUCUACUCUCCCCAACUGUUUGCAGAGCAUAGAAUGUGCAACUCAGAAGCAACACAGACCUCUGAGCUGAGCCUGGGCAUUAAGCCUUACCCAAUUUGUUAUAGAUGUUCAGCAUGCUGACACAGGUUCAAAUAUAAUCUCCCAUAAUACUACACCUAGAGUCACACAAUGAAUCACACAAAUGUUAGCAGCUAUUACCAUGAGGGAGCUGAGCUGGCUGACCAGGAUGGCUGCUGCCUGGGCCCUGAGUGGGACCAGGCACUACUUUGGGCCCUGCCAAGGGACAGCCCCAUGGGUGGGAAGCAGAAGGGUCUGAAAACUCCUCUGGGUGCAUUGGAAAAGGCAAUGGUGUGUUGUAGGCAAUGGUGAUGCCUGAAAAUGACUAAAAUAAACACUGUUGUGUGUGGGUUGUUUUA